AUGGAGAUUGAUGAAAUCCAGAUAAGUGAAGAACGAUUCCGGAAUAUCUAUGCGGCUGGCUUCGAAACCUGGGCUCAACUACAUUCUCUCGUUGUUAAAAAUACGAAGCUUCCUACUCGCUGCUUUUUCACGAAGAAUACAUUUCCUCUCUUACCAGCCUUCCCACAAAAUCUUAAGCUCGAAGAGCACCCUAAUGGAUUAAGCGCUUCUGGUUUCUCUACUUGGGCAUCUUCACCUGCAACAUGCGCCAGCUCCAUUCCUUCUUUUCGGCGUCGAGUACAGUUAGAGGUCGCGGUGAAGGACCCAGUUCUACUUUCGAUAUCUGAUUCGGCUCCGACUGAUACUUAUUCCACGUCAUGGUUUCGUUCUCAGAACGAUUAUCUAGCAAUCCUCGUGUUAGCGUGGGCAUAUGUCUUAUCAGCUCGUUGGGUAGAAAUCAUGUCUCCAGCUUGCUCUCUCACCUAUACCGACAACCUAGCAAAGCAUUACGACGCAACAACAAAGUCCGAUAACGCCCAACAUUCCGCUUCUGCCGCAACAUUCUCAGAAGCCUUUGGCUUUCUGAAUAGGUUUUGUACACGUCACGACAUCGUCGAUCAAAGCCAUGCCGCUUUGGCUGCCGUACUCCUACUCCCUUGCAACAUCAAUGGCUUACGUCCUCUACUCCUCAGUGUCUUUUACGAAGCCAACAUAGAAUGCAACGCUGUAACACCCUGGUUGCAAGGAACAGUCGCUGCUAUCGAAUCACUGGUUGGAGAAAAGCUGUCGAUUUUUGGGCGCAUGUGCAUGGAGAGAAGACCCGAGGUAGCGUGCAUCUGGCUAGGCAGUGCCAUCCUAGGCAUUCAACAAAAACUCCUACAAGAUAUAAAAUAUGGACAGAUACCGAUCGACCUUGACUCCGCUGCGUGGACUGGGACAAUCCAAUCAUUCAUACAGCAACCUGUGUCUAGGCCACUUGCAGUUGACGGAUACAUACAGCGUGCGGACGAAUGUCGUUUACUUUUCCUGUGCCAGUCCAGAAAUCACACUCGAACCCCGAUCUGCCAAUGGAAACCUUUUGGAAAAACUCCUAAGGACGACGUCGAUCUCGAAGUAAAGGUCCACGAGCAUUGUGAAGGCCAUGGACUCCAAUAUCAAGGGUUUGUUUGGGACUGCACAGAAGGGGAAAUAAAACUCCUAUCAAUACAACAAUGUCAAUACACAGUCCCUAUUGUGUGGAAAGGUUUAAACUGUGAACAAGAGGCCAUUUCAGAGAAUGCCACGCGUAACAUCUUCAGCUGGUUGCGUUCUGAUGGGUACCCACCAUACGAAAAGGCGAUAUUCGAGCACGAAUGGUUCAUGACAUAUGAUUCAGACGAAGAGCAAGAACGCAUAGAGGAAGCAACCUCCAUGAGUGACUCUAAAAAUAUUACAAAAAUUGAGGAGUGGCUGUACUGCUCGAGGGAAGACCGGCACGCUAGCGUUCAUGGCGAUUGGGAUACUUUACGACGAUGA